CGUGCGCGACCGGGGAAAAAGGAGAAAAACGGAAGAGCGCCGCGAGACACGUGUCCAUUAUCGGCCGAUCGCGCCGAGCCGAUCGCGGGCGAUCGAGAAAAUCCUGUCCCGCCUCCGAAACGACGACGAUUUCUCCGAGACGAGUUCGCGCGAGAUCGACUGGUUUCGCGGCGGAAACGUUUCGCGGGAGAUCAGGCUCGGUUACGCCGGGCCGAGACCUGACCGACGAUGACGGAGGCGAGCGAUCGGGCCCCGUCGAUCGACUCUCGACGCGGUGUCGCGCCGACGACGCGCCGGGCGUCGACGUAGCGACCGGCGAUCGCUCAUUGUCCCGCCGGGAGCGUCGAGAUAACGCGCGCGCGGAGCGCAGCGGCGACGGCGAUCGCGACGAUUCGUCAUUUUCCCCCGGCGAGGAGGAGGAUAUAAUUGCGGGAGGACAACGCUCGGGACUCGGGACCCCCGUUCGGCGUUGUUAGGGCAGUCGCCGGAGGGCGUCGGAUCGGAAGGAAGUAACGUACGGUCCUCCGCCUCCUCCGCUCGAUCGGCAACCAUCGCGCGUCUCGGUGGUGUAAUGCGCGCAGAUUAUGCGUCUCGCGGCCCUCCCGCCGGAGGAACGGAAACUAGAGGCGAGAACGAGCGAGAGAUAAUACGCUUGUUUGCGCGCUUCCUUCAUCUACGAUCUUCCUCUCGUUACCGCGGCGAGAAACCGCGUGCCCCGUGACUUCGGCACGGAUCUUCGAGCCGCUCGGCGCCGCGGCUGGUGUCAACGGUGUCUAUUCACGAUCAAACGGUGCCCGCGUGCGUGUGUCGCCCGUAUUUGCGUAACGUUACACGCGUUCUCGCGUGUGUGUAAGUGUGCCACGCGAGAGGAACCCGCGCCGCCGCCUCGCUUUUGAAAUUCGUCCAAGGGGCUUUCGCAGAGAUCUCGUGCGGCUCGAGGAGGUCCACGGACGUCCGCCGGCGAUCUUUUCGGAGGCACGGGAGGACCAUCAUCGCCCGCCGAUGCAACGCGAGAGGGCAUCUUAGACCCGCGACUCGUGAGUGAAUGGAGGUCGUCGCGCGAGAUUUGAGAACGGCGAAAGUCAUCGGGGGGUUCGAGGCGAGCGCACUUUUCCGCCGGCUUGUCUGAGGCGCGCGCGCGCGCGGCGACGUGGAAGAGGAUCGAGUGACAUUUCUCUCGGCGAACGAACGCGCGAAACGUCCGGUACCGUUAUUCGAGCUUCAUACGCAGAGCCGGGAAUUCCAUUUGCUUAGAUCUCGAAGGCGAACCGUCGACAAUAAUAUCUCGAGGAGCGUGCGCGUCGAGUAACUCGCGCGACGCCUCGCUCUUUCGUAUUUCUUUUUCUCCUUUCUUCUCGCCUCGCACGAGCCACUCGCGGAUACCCUCGAUCGCCGGCACGUCCGAUCUUCCGCUCAAGAUCUUCGACCGGAGGACUCUGAAAAGUCGUGAGUCCCCCCGCGGGGAAGGUUGCAGGAGGGCUUUAACACGUCCGUGGUGCCGCCGCCGCCGCAGAAACUGAACGCUUUGAUAGACUUUGAGUUGCAGCCACGCGGGGAACCCUACGUUGCUUCCUGGUCGGCGGCGCGGUAGCCAUGUCAUCGUCGGAUCGGCACGGCGGAUCAUCACGAGAAAUCGGCGUGGAGCCGGGAGAGAGCCAUCGUCGUCGGCCCGACAUACUUAGGGCCGCCGAGUAACGCCGGCGGAUCGGUAACCGAGGGAUCGAUACGAGCGGAUCGGUCCACCAGCUCACAACCUACGGCCUCCUUGCUGGCCCGGCCAGCUACUAUGCGAAUUGAAGCUCUCAGCACCCUCGUCGCGGUGGUUUGGCUGACCGCAGUCCUGUGCCCGCGGCUUACUGCCGCCAACAAUCUAACUUUAUCCUCCUCUCGAAGCCCCAGGGAACAUUCUUUCAAAGGACACAUCUCUGACUCGACAGAGCCACUGGAGGAGCCGUACAAGCGGAUGACGUAUCGGGAGAUGCAGAUGGUUCUGCGCGAGGAAGGGGGCGAGGACGGCCUUCCGGUCGACUGUUGUCCUGCGGUAGAGGAAAUGGUGGAACCGCGUGGCGGUCGAACACGGGAGGACAUGUACGUCCCGCUCUAUCAGGAAGGCGAGAACGUCCAGAGGUUCUUCGAGUACUCCUGCAGGGCGGACGUUCUCAACAAGCCGUGCAGGUUCGUCGACCGGAAGUUCAGCAACCAGUCCAGAUGCGUGCAAAAGUACUCGUUCACGUACGCUAUCGUCCAGAAUCCCGGAUCGGAGCACAGAAGGCACCACCACAGGGAACACUAUCGCUUUCCCACGUUUUCCGGUAAUACCGUGAGCGGAUCCGGAUGGACGUUGGACUACAUCAGGGUGCGAAGCGGCUGCGGCUGCGAGAUCAUGCCGAAGCCGAAGAAGAAGAAAACGGGGAUCAAGGCGAGGAGGGCGAAGAGCAAAUAGCACUUGCCGAGGGACCAAGAGUUGGACUUUGAGACGUGAAAGUGUCCUUACGAUUCGCGUCCUAAUGACAGUAUAUUGUGCAGUAAUUGUGUUGCGACUGACAGAAGAAUGCGCGCGCGUGCGUAUGAGAUUAUGUGCGAGACGCGGCGACGUGUGCGCGAGGAAUAUUGCUAAUCGUCGGACGCAAUGAAAAACGUUACCAACGACCAUAUCAUCGAUUUUUCUGAUGGCAAUUAUGAUAACGAUAAUUUAUUAGACAUUAUCGCGCGGGCGUGGAACGCGUUGUUUUGUGAAUGACGCGUUCGACGUCGACCAAUCGAUUUGUACUCCUUGGUGCUUCAUUCACAAAUAUGUUUCUUAGCGUUACUUUAAGUAUCUUUCCCUAUUUAUUACCAGUUUACUUUAAUAGGAAAUUUUCGCGAAUUAAGCGUAGGUAUGAUUCGUCAAAUUUCAUGAAAUUGAAUUCAAAUUAUUUUGCAUUUUUUAAAGCUACGAUUUUACGAAAGCAAACAGAUUGUCCACAAGCGGUAAAUCGAGAACUUCCGUAAUGAACACGAUGGUUAACUGACUGUCGCGACUCAAGAACAUUGUUUCGUGAUAAUAUAUGUUGAGAUAGUUUCAUUGACUUUUAACAAAAUAGGGCGUGUGUCUCGAUGCGCAUUAAUUUAAUGCUUUAGAUUAAUUAAAUCUAAUCUUCUCUAAUUAUUUUACCGGCGGCCAGUUUUCAUUCUGUACUUUUACGUGUAUACUAUAAAUUUGUACGUACCCGGUAGUUUACGACUUUCUAAUAAAAUAUAUGGUAUUUCGAUUAAUUAGAAUCUAACUCACUGCAUCUAUUUGUAGAUCUGCGAGGCACGUUGUUGUUCGGUAACAAAGAUGCGGAAUCAUAGUGCUAUAAAAAUCCAUUUAAUUAAAAUUGUAAAGUGUGUACCUUUUAUUUAAACUAAUACGAUGUUCGGCUUAGGGAAGCAUUGGCUAGAUGAGGAAAACGCGUGCCGACAGCCAUGACAAUUAUUAAUAAAUCUGACUAUCGUAAGAAAUGCGGAAAAAUACUUAUAUAAAACCGUUAGAUUAAGUCUCUUUUCACUGCGCGAAUUUCCAUUGCACCUCGAGACGAUGCGUAUAAGUGAAAAAUAUGUUACAUUAACGAUUAAAAAAUAUUUCCUUCACUCUUCUACUCUUAGGCCGGUAUUCACAGUUUGAUCUUAUAUUCAAGACUGUCUCAAGAUAAUCUUUAGAUACUUCGUAGCCAAUGAUUCCGUAUAGCAUCUUUAGACAAAUUCAAGACGGUCUUGAACGUAAGAUCCGACUAUGAACACCGGCCUCAAUUUCGUACACCGCGCGAUUAUAGGUUUGCUCGAUCGUUGCAUUACUGCGAUGUGCAAUGCGAAUUUGUAGAGAGUUGUACUUUUAAUUUACUUGUACUCGCAAAAUAACUACGUUAGCGCGUUAAUUCCGCGAAAUCUUUAACGCACAGCUGUACAUAUUUCCGCGGGAAAUAAGGAAUUUGCUAUUUUAUGUCACAGUGUCUACGUACGUUUUAUAACAUUAAUAUGCUUCAUUUUUUAAUUACUUUUGACACAUACUUCUUCGCUGUAACUGCCGUAUUAAUAAUGACGUAUUAACUUUUUUAAUGAGAUAAUAUCUCCCGAGAUAAUAUCUGUUGUAUUAUACGUAACGCCGUAAACAUGCGGACAUGUUUUCUGUAUCGCCGUGUAAACAUUGUACAUAAACGUCAUUAAUACACUUGUUAUAAAAUCUGA